AUGCAUAGAGAAGAAGAAAACGAAGUGAGUGCAAUGGACUCUUUGUUGUGUCCAAGUUUCAGUGUUUACUCUUCUAAUAACGUAAACGACGUCGCUCAACAAGUUAUCAUCGAAAACGACUUCUCCCACUUCCAAAACGACAGCGACAAUUUCGAAUUUGUAGUUUUUCAAAAAACCGCCGAUGAAGCUUUCUUCGAUCACCGCCAGCGCAAUACAACUCAACGCGUUUUCUCCAUCUCUAAACGUGACGGCGCGAUGGAGAGUUUAAUUCCGUUACGGGAAUUGAUGAAGCGCGAUGGUGACAGAUGGAAUUGCAACACGGUGGAGAUUUCGACUCCGUUAGAGAAAUUUACGAUCGGAGAUGAGAAACGGACUAUUGAUCCACCGUCAUUGUCGGAAGUGGAAGACGAUAUUGACGCUGUUUCGCCGGCGUCGUAUUGUUUUUGGACGCCGAAAUCUCCGAUGCCAUCGCCGAUGGCUUCUCCGAUGAAAUGCAAGAAAAGCAAUUCGACCGGUUCGUCUUCGAAUUCUUCAUCUUCCAAGAGAUGGAAGUUUCUGAGUUUACUCCGGCGAAGUAAGAGCGACAUAAAAGAGUCGUUGAAAAGUGGUGAGGUAUUAGCUGAGAAAAAGAUUCCGGUAACGGAGAGGAAAAUUCCGGCGCAGGCAACGGCAAUGGAAGCGUUUUAUCUGAGAACGAAAGAGAUAAAGAGAAAAUCAUAUUUACCGUAUAAGCCAGAGUUAAUUGGUUUUGGUGUUGGUUUUCAUGCUACUUUUGGAAGAGUUCAUGUUUGA